AGUACUUUCAAUUCAUUGGGUAAUUGCUACAUUUCAGAACGCGAAUGUAACAAAUUGCGAUCGCAUGUAAACAAAUCAUUCAUACAAAAUAUUACUUGGAUAUUGUACUGUGUAUAUUAUGUAAAUUUGCGCUUGGAAAAUGGAAACAUGUUCGCAUAUCCGUGGUUUGGAAAGUGUUAAGAAUGAGGCGAUGUUGACGCCGCGAAUGUGGUCCUGCGUGGACUGUGGGACAACAGAGUCCGUCUGGGCUUGUUUGCAAUGCAACAAUAUAGCAUGUGGAAGGUUUAUUGAGGAACAUGGUCUUAAACAUUUUAAUGAUAAAGGACAUCCACUGGCUUUGGAAGUUAACAAAAAAUACUUGUUUUGCUAUAUAUGUGAUAGUUAUGUUUUCAAUGACAAUUGCUAUGGUGAAAUAGCUCUACUACGAGAGACCUUGAAAGAGAUAGAAACACAAGUAUUUAAUGAAAGUCUAACAAGGAGUGGUUGUGUUAUUCGUGGACCAAGCACACUUAGGAUACAUGAUGAAACUAAAAGUGAAAAAGAACAUGCAAAAAUGGAAGAUAAACAAUACACUGCUGUUUGUCAUUGGAGACUCAGUUUACUGUCGAAGGUUUUCAGUGCACUUGUUAAACACAGUAAAGAAGAAAAGUUGAAAGUUCAGUCGGAGGAAAAACAAACUGAAGAGAAGAAGGAAGAACCUCCCAAAAAAAGGCGUAAAGUUAUAAUCCCGGGCGUGACGGGAUUACGCAAUCUUGGCAACACGUGUUACAUGAAUUCGGUGUUACAAGUUUUAAGCCAUUUGCAAUUCUUCCGUCAUUGCUUUCUCCUACUGCAUGCCAUGAAGUCGCCACCUGAUCCACCGUGUUUGACCUCCACCCCCAAGAACCGUCGUUCAAUCAGCGCCAUCUACACAAGACAGACAACAGUCGAGUGUUAUGAGCACGUUUCGAUGCCGUUACGCAAAGAACAGUCUUGGCCCACAAAAAAGAAAACGCACAUCAACUCGUUAUUGGAGACGAAGAUUGAUGACAAUUCAAACGAAGUCUCAGCUAAUCACAGUUCACUGAAUGAGUCCAGUGAUAGCGGUGAACAGAAUAAGAAAGUGUUUUUCAGUGACGAACUUCACGCGUUAUUUAGAGUUAUGUGGUCAGGCAAAUGGGCGAUAGUGACACCAUUAGCUGUCCUUCAUGCUGUAUGGAAAUUAAUUCCUUCAUUCUUGGGUUAUUCGCAGCAUGAUGCUCAGGAAUUCCUGUGCGAGGUUCUGGAACGGUUACAGUCCGAGUUAGAGGGAGAUUAUGAAGUAAACUUUCAAAGCCCGAUAACUGAUGACGUAAUUCAUCCGAAAGAUAUCUUACCCAAUGUUUUUGAGGGAAAACUUGUUAGUGAGGUAAUGUGUCAUAACUGUCAUAAUGUGUCGAAAUGUUGUGAACAAUUUUGGGAUUUAUCCCUAGAGUUUCCUAAUAGGUAUCAAGUUCAGCCAAGAUCUUCCAGGGGCCGCGUUACUGCAAGAAGACCCUCAAUGGAUUCUUGUCAUUUAACAGAAUUGUUAUCAAAAUUUACUCAACUUGAGAUCUUAGAAGGGAAAACGUACAGAUGUGAAAAAUGUUUGGUGUCUUCACCUGACUCGUUGCAAUUCGCUCAAAAACAACUUCAAAUAGCUGAACUACCCGAGAUUCUUAGACUGCAUUUAAAAAGAUUCCGUUGGUAUUGCCAAACACGGGGGAAAAUUGUUUCCCAUGUGCAAUUUGACAUGAAGCUAGACAUGAAACCAUAUUGUCACGAGCUUUAUUUUGAAUCGUAUACAGACGAAGAUUUUGUAUAUAAAUUAUCUGGUGUUAUUAUUCACAUGGGCACUGGAUUUGACGCAGGACAUUACGUAGCAUAUUGUUGGAAUGAACAAGCUGGUAGCUGGGUAUAUUACAACGACGCUCGUGUUUCAUUGUGUUCUGAGAACGAAGUACUAAAAUCUCAAGCUUACAUUCUUUUGUAUACGAGAUGCAAUGGACGCUCUAAUCUUUAUGACAACUUAACUCUACCUAAAAGCCCUUGAACUAUUGUGUGUUGGUUUGUGUGUCUUAUCUUAAACAUAGAAUUUAUGUUUGAUAUUCAAAUAUGGUAUCUAUUUUUGGAAUAAAAUUCUUCAAAAAAACGUAUGCGUAUCAUUAUUUGACAUUUAUAAGGACCGUACUUUACUAAAGCCAAAAUGGCGACAAUUGAUGUUCACAAUCCUGCAUGAACAGCUCGUUCGUAAACUUUUUUCCGUAAUUCUAGUU